AUGCCGCGUCCUCGACAAGCCUUGAAACGCUCACCAGACAGCGUCAGCGAUGCGGUCUCGCCACAGUCAUUCAAGAGCACCGAGAGCGGAAGCGGGAGCCGAAUUCCUUCUGGACUAAGCACUCCGAACACUUCCGUAGCAUCUGCGCGUCCUCAACGCAAAGCCAAGGUACGUGUGAUGGGCGUCAUUCUCCAUCCUGUCGAUGCUAGUAUAUUGACUGUUGCUGCUGCCUUGCUGUAGCUUAACCGUCCCUCCUACGCCGAAGAUGAUGGGCAGCCUCGCAGAGCAAAGGCUCGAGAGCCCAAAAGCUCCCCCGGUCCUCGUUCCAAGCUGCAACGCUCGCGCCGGGGAGGACGCAACGUCACCUCAGACUCUGAGUACGACUACGGCUCCCCUUUAGCGAGUCCUGAGACUGGCCGAAAAGCGAUACCCGAAGUGGUGCUGAAAUCCGGCAUGUCACUGGCGGAUAUGUACUGCGAUAACACGGAUGAAGAGCUCGAGCAAGUAGCGCUGCUCUCCAAGCAAAGUCUUCGUGCACUCAACAACAAGAGAGGUGAAGGUUCGCGUUCCAAGAACCAAGCUCAUCAGGCUUUGAGCGAUGUCAAGGAAGAGGACGAUGGAGGGUUUGUCCAGCCUUCGCCACGCUCCAAACGCGACACAGCCAAAUUUUCGGGUGGUAGCAGUAGUCGCAAACGUCCUCGAGUCCUCAAACGCGAGCCCUCUUUCUCUCCGCUCACCGACGUCUCCCGAGAUCUUCCAUUCGACAUCUACGAUCUCAAAGACGAUGGUGCUUGGAACGAGUGGAGGGAUGCAGGGGAUGGGCAGUCUGACUCGGAGUUCGAAGACUACCGCCCGACGAAGCGCGGUCGCGCAAGUUUCCAGGCCAGAAUGGCUCCAGCUUUGCCUGAAGCCGAGUCUGAAAGUGAUACUGGACUCGACACCAGCGAUGAUGAAAAGCCUGCUGAUGAAGCAGGAGGAAGCACCAUGCCUGGUGGAGAAGAACAACGAUGGGAGACAGCCAAACAGCGAGCAGCUCGCCUGCGAAGCGAGGCUCAUCACAAACGUCUCAAGAAAGCACAGAGAUCUCGGGUGAGUCCAUCUUGCCGCUUCUUGGCAGCCGGGCGUUCUGACCAAUAUCUUUCCACCUGGUGCAGUAUGCCAAAACUUCGGACGCCCUAGCUGUGCAUCACACGCACCUCAAAGGCUUGUGGAAGCGAUUGAGCAAAACGCCCAAGCCAGAGCCUACUCGAGCUCAACAACCAGAAGGCUUGACCAUUAAGCUUUUGCCUUUCCAGCUGGAGGGCCUGUACUGGCUUCGUCAGCAAGAACUUGGGCACUGGAAGGGCGGCAUCCUUGCGGACGAAAUGGUGAGCAAUUAGUCGGCGGUGACUGUAGACAAAUGCUGCGAGCCAUGUUGAACCGAUCGCUACACUUCUGCAGGGCAUGGGAAAGACGAUUCAAAUGAUCUCGCUCUUCUUGUCCGACCGCCAAAAGCCUAUUUUGGUUGUACUCCCGACCGUAGCCAUCAUGCAAUGGAAGCACGAGAUCGCAAAGGUGAGCUGUUGACUAUGGAUGCUAACCCUCGAGAACCUCGCAGCUGAUUCAGCAGGCCCGUCUUCUAGUACACCGAAGACUUCAAAGUCAUGGUAUGGCACGGGGCUACUCGUGAAUCUGACGUCGAUGAGAUUCGACGUAAUGAUGUGGUUCUGACGAGCUACGGCAUCCUCGAAAGCGCCUAUCGGAAAGAGCACGCUGGAUUCAGACGCAAGGGCGAGCUGCACAAAGAGAAGAGUGCCUUACACGCAGUGCGUUGGCACCGCGUGGUGUUGGACGAGGCGCACAACAUUAAAGAGCGCGCCACAAAUACCGCCAAGGCCGCCUUCGCUCUGCGAGGAACUUACAGAUGGUGUCUGUCGGGCACACCUUUACAAAACCGAGUAGGCGAGCUUUACAGCAUGGUGCGCUUCCUGGGCAGCGACAUUGCCACCGACACGAAGAAGAAAGCUGCUGAGCAGCGCCAACUGGCGGAGCUGGAUGCGUCAGCGACUGUGCCCGAGCCCAUAGAAGCUGGCGUCAGCAAGCCAGACCAUGACCAUCUGGUUGAAAUCGAACGCACCCUGAACGAGGAAAAUGACGAAUGGGUGCCCGAGGCCGGCACAAGAUCACGCAAAGGCAAACAGAAGCUCAACGAACGUGUUGAAGAAGCUGUGACCCUGGAUGUCACUCCUGACAAUACAGCGCGCAUUUUGGCAAUGUACUACUGCAAAUCGUGCCCUUGCACUUCCUUGCAUUGGCAAUUCAGUGACCGAAGGACUUGCGACAAAUGCGGGCAUUCUCCAAUGAGACACAUCAACCUGUGGAACCAGGAGAUUCUCAAGCCAAUCCAGCGCACUGGUGCCGCGACCGGCGAGGGCGGGCAUGCGUUCAAACGUCUUCGACUACUUUUGAGCCGAAUGAUGCUGCGUCGAACCAAGAUUGAGCGUGCGGAUGACAUGGGUCUGCCUCCGCGCACCAUCGUCGUACGCCGAGACAUGUUUAAUGAGGAGGAGGAAGACUUGUAUGCAAGUUUAUAUACUGAAGGAACGCGCAAGUUCUCGACGUAUCUCGACCAAGGAACUGUUUUGAACAACUACUCCAACAUCUUUACGCUGCUGACCCGCAUGCGUCAGAUGGCGUGCCAUCCCGAUCUUGUUCUUCGCUCCAAAUCUGGCAUCCAGAACAAGCUGCUUGGCGACGACCUCACGGAGAGUAUCUGGUUCUGCCGCAUCUGCACGGAAGAAGCGGAGGACGCGAUCAUGUCGAAGUGCCGCCACAUCUUUUGCCGUGAUUGCGUCACCAGCUACUACGAAGCGGCUGUGGCUGAGGGUCACACCCCAGAUUGUCCUCAUUGUCACAACAAUCUUACCAUCGACCUGGAGGCCGAUGCGCUUGAGCCGCCCGAGCAAGUAGACGCGCAUGCCCGAGGACGCCAAGGCAUUCUUGAGCGCCUCGACAUGAGCAAGUGGCGCAGCAGCAGCAAGAUCGAGGCGCUACUCGAAGAGCUCGAGCGUCUCAAGUCGGAAGACAAGACAAUCAAGAGCAUCGUCUUCUCCCAAUUCGUCAACUUCCUCGACCUCAUUGGCUAUCGCUUGCAGAGGGCAGGCUACCGCAUUUGCCGCCUUGAAGGUGGCAUGACACCGGCAGCCCGCGACGCCACCAUCAGGUACUUUAUGGAAAACACUGAGGUCUCUGUCUUCCUUGUCAGUCUGAAGGCCGGAGGUGUUGCAUUGAAUCUGACAGAGGCUUCGCGCGUCUUCCUCAUGGAUCCUUGGUGGAAUCCUUCCGUGGAGGUACAGGCGAUGGACCGCAUCCAUCGUCUUGGUCAAUACCGACCCAUCAAAGUCACCCGUCUAGUCGUCGAGAAUUCGAUCGAAAGCAGAAUUAUUCAGCUGCAAGACAAGAAAGGAGCCAUGAUCGAAGCAGCCAUCGGCUCAGACGACACGGCAAUGACGCGUCUCACCGUCUCGGACUUGCAAUUCCUGUUCUCUUUGUAG